AUGCGCAUCGCCUUCAAACAGAUGCUUAUGAGAAGGUUCCUGGCAUCUAGAUGUCCGAGGCACCAUAGAGAUUUUAUUGAGCUUGCAAAACAGGUUCAUGCAUUUCUUUCAACUGCGAAGCUUGGUUCCGGACAAAACUUCCAUUUAUCGCCACCCCCAUACUCCACCACAGCAAAGUGGGCAAAUGGCUGGAAAUUUCGGAACUGUAAGUCAAUUCUGAACAAGCUAUCUGUCAAGUCUAUUGAUUUUGAAUCACACGAAAGUCCUCUGGUCCCACCCAGUAAUGACAUCUGCAACACCAGAUAUGCCUUCCAAUCACCGUUUGCCCGUCGCGAACAUACAAGGACUCAACAGCUCAAAGGCGGCCUGAACAAUUCUUCACGAAUUCACAGGGGAAGCUUUUACAGUGGUCGUUACAUUUUCAAUCGGGGGAAUGGUGUCGAUUUGGGAACUGGUUCUAAGGAUGGUAUGUUUCCAAACGAGAUGAGGACAUUGAAUGAUUUUUGUCGCCAGCUUGGGGUCAUGCGGGAAAGCAAUGGGGACAAUGUGCGCGAGGUACGGCCUGGCAUGAUAAAGAUUGGUAUGGUUUCUAUGUGUGGAGGUUUGGAUCUAGAGGUUCCCACACUGUCAGCAUUGGGUGCACCUGGAAUUUGUCUAGUCCAAAAACUGAACGUGGCAGCUAGAAAGGUUUGCUCUCAAAUGAUGCCUGGACUUUUGGAGGAAAUUCAGGAGCGUGCCCAUAUAAAAGUCCCAAAACCUUUAGGAGGCCACAAUGGCCUUUGUUCCAUCAUGUUUCAGUCAAAGAGCUUACAGAACGAGGCUCAUUUUGACCCAAAUGACUUAUCGAGGUGCUUUGCCAACUGGGCAUCGGAGGAUGGGAAGGACCAUGAUGGUUGGUACCUGCUGUUUCCUAAUAUACGCUAUCUUGAGCAUGGAGGUGCCACAUAUGAUGGUUUGGCAAUUAAAUUGCGAGAUGGCAUAAUUGUCAGUUGGGAUGGACGUGAACUCCACCACUGCUCCACACGACCAUUUGAUGACAUUUCAACCUGGGGGACCUGGUUCGGUGCAUCCAAAAAAGCACUAGGGCAUAGAUAG